GAACAUGGAAUACCGACCAACCUGGGCUAUGCGGUGGCCCCACAUCACUCAGGGGUCUACCCGGUCCAUAUUCAGCUGUAUGCAGCUUGGAAGAAGGUCUGGGGUAUUCAGGUCACCAGCACUGAAGAGUAUCCACAUCUGAAACCUGCAAGAUACAGGAAGGGCUUCAUUCACAAUAGCAUCAUGGUCCUCCCUCGGCAGACCUGUGGGCUGUUCACACAUACUAUUUUCUACAAGGAAUAUCCAGGAGGACCCCAGGAAUUGGAUAAAAGUAUCAAAGGAGGUGAACUUUUCCUCACAAUCCUUCUAAACCCAAUCAGCAUUUUCAUGACACAUCUAUCUAACUAUGGGAAUGACCGCCUUGGCUUAUACACCUUUGUGAACUUGGCCAACUUUGUGCACAGCUGGACCAACUUGAAACUGCAGACCCUGCCUCCAGUACAACUGGCCCACAAGUACUUUGAGCUCUUCCCUGAGCAGAAAGACCCUCUCUGGCAGAAUCCAUGUGAUGAUAAACGGCACAAAGACAUCUGGUCCAGGGAGAAAACUUGUGACCAUUUACCAAAGUUCCUUGUAAUUGGGCCUCCAGAAACAGGAACAACUGCACUUUAUUUAUUUCUCCUUAUGCACCCUUCCAUCAUCAGCAAUCUCCCUAGCCCAAAAACCUUUGAAGAAGUUCAAUUUUUUAAUGGCAACAACUAUCACAAGGGAAUUGAGUGGUAUAUGGACUUUUUCCCUACUCCUUCCAACAUUACCAGUGAUUUCCUAUUUGAAAAGAGUGCUAACUACUUUCACUCAGAAGAGGCUCCCAAGAGAGCUGCAUCUCUUGUUCCCAAAGCCAAGAUCAUUACUAUCCUCAUUGACCCCUCGGACAGGGCAUAUUCUUGGUACCAGCACCAACGAUCCCAUGAAGAUCCAGCUGCCCUGAGGUUCAAUUUCUAUGAAGUUAUCUCAACAGGACAUUGGGCCCCACCAGAUUUAAAAACCUUGCAGAGGAGAUGUCUGAUACCUGGAUGGUACGCAGUACACAUAGAAAGAUGGCUGACCUACUUUGCUACUUCCCAGUUGCUAAUUAUUGAUGGACAACAGCUGAGAUCUGACCCAGCUACUGUGAUGGAUGAAGUCCAGAAGUUUCUAGGAGUUACACCUCAUUAUAAUUACUCUGAAGCACUAACGUUUGAUCCCCAAAAGGGCUUUUGGUGUCAACUACUAGAAGGAGGAAAGACCAAAUGCCUUGGGAAGAGCAAAGGCCGAAAAUACCCACCCAUGGAUCCAGAGUCCAGAAACUUCCUCUCCAAUUACUACCGGGACCACAACGUGGAACUCUCGCUGCUGCACAGGUUAGGGCAGCCUCUGCCCUCCUGGCUGAGACAGGAACUGCAGAAAGUGAGAUAG